UUUAAACAAUGCCAAACAGUGUUUAAACAGUGCCAAACAGUGCACUCUACAGUAAAGUCAAAUUUAUUUUCUAAAAGUGUGUGAAAGUCAAACCGGGAGGUUGUUUUCGGGACGGAGGGAGUAUAAAGGAAGAGAUUAAGAGUGAUUUGUGUUGACCAAGUGAAUAGUAAAGACAUCUUAUAAAAUGGGACAGAGGGAGUACGUGUUUGGUUAAUAAGCCGAAAAACUGAGUCGUAACUUAUUGGCUCUUUUUCAACCUUUUACAAAUGUCCAUUUUUGUCAUUUUGGCCACUCCACCAAUACAAAUGGUUUAAAUAGUCAUCUGUAUCACUCUUGGAGCAUUCUAUUUAAACAUUGUACUUUUUUUUCAAAAUGUUUAUUUAUUUCUUGAUGAAAUUGACAACAUUAAACUCUACAUUCAUCAAUUACAUUCACCAAUUAAACAAAAAUAAUCCAUACUUCAAAUUUUUUCAUGAAUAAUCCGAAGGCAGAACAUGUCAUCCAUGCGCCCGAAUUAGAAUAAAUGAGAUGGAGUUGUGUUUCCGUCCAAACCAGAGUUACGUGAAUAUAGCUGGAGCAGAUCUAAUUUUUCUCCACCCUCCUAGUCUUUCAUCUCCAUCUCUAAAACCUGAAGAAAUAAUUGUGAAAGGGAAUGAAAAUCUUAAAAGCGAGUUGGAGAAAAUUUAGGCUGCGAAGAAAUAAAAUUGUUGUUGGAGAAAAUCAUAUGUGAGCUUCGACUUAUGCCAUUUGAGGAAUUGAGGCUGAUGGUUUUGGUUGAUGACGCCGGAAAAGCAUUUCCAACUAUAAAUCACUCUUCUUGGGUUGGGGUGACACUCGUGGACUUUGUGAUGCCAUUUUUCCUCUUUGCCUCUUUGGAUGGAGGCAUGGAGCCAGGAGUUGGAGAUCCCAUGGUGUCAACUCAAUUCUUGAUCUUUCCGCCGUGGACCGAGAGCUCCAAGCGUCACCCAAACAGCUCCAUCAUUGUUGCGCUCCGCUUCGGACAUAGGCGCAUGGUUAGGGCGGGGAGCCGAGGUCGAUUGUUCGUUGCUCAUCUAAAAUAUAUUAAUUUAUUUUGUUUUUUGUUAGAACGCUUAUAAAAGUUUGAGGUGUGCUUACUAAAGGUCCAUUAAAGUUUGG